UGGCAACCCUGGGUAGCAACAGUUUGUCUGUGCUGUGCGCUGCCAGCUGCGCUCAUUAUCCUUGCCAGCCUGAGCAUGUGUGCCAGCAAAUUGAGCUCUCCGCCGCAGUUGUUAACUUCAGCCACGCCUACUAAAUCCCGCCUGCGUUUGCUAUGCUUUUGCGGGCUGCUCAUCUCCAUUUACACGCUGUACGUGAAAAUCCAGCUGGACCACGACGAGAACUACACGGCCAUGUGCGAUUUGGCCGAGAGAGUAAGCUGCACCGCGGUCUUCAAAUCGGACUAUGGACGCGGCUUUGGACUCACGCAGCUGGUUUUUGGUAGAAGCACGAAUUAUUUAAAUCCACCCAAUGGCUCCAUUGGAGUCGUUUUUUAUACUCUCCUAUUUUUAUCCUCCUUCUACGAGCGCCGUUGGCUCUGCCAGCUGCAGUUGGUCGCCGCAGUUCUGACCCUUCUGCUCUGCGUCUACCUUGGAGGUCUGCUGCUCCUCGUGCUCUACGACUUCUGCCUGGUCUGCGUGCUCAUCUAUGCCGUGCACACGCUGCUCCUGCUGGAGGUCUAUGGACGUAACAAGCGCCUCUAUGCAAUCAAAACAGCUGUCGAGUGAAAUAUAUCACACAUUUUUCAUUGAAUCUUAUUGUUUCAAAUACGGAAUUAAUUAAUUCUUUUUUCUGCUGUGCAAAAAGACCACCGACCAACUGCUUUAAAUAAUAAAAUAUAU